AGAUGCAAACAACAUUGGCGGAGACUAAGCUGAGACUGAAGCAUCAUGAUGGCCUCCAGAGUGCUGUUCCUUUUCCAGCUGCUCCUGCUGACCUCCCUGGUCUCAGCAUCUCAUCACUGGGGAGGAACCUUGAAUGUUGCCUACAAAGGAAGGAACCCUGAUGGAUCCUUUAAGAUGUCCCUCCGAGCCAGAGACACUUAUGAUAGCUGUGUUUAUACACAUUACUGGAGUUGUUACAGCGGCAACUGUGGUAUUUCAACCAGUAAAACCAAAACUCAGAUUGACUCAAGCACCAAUGUACCAUCCUACAAAAACCAAUGGUGCGAAACAGAACUUGUUGAGACAUGGACCUUACUGAGUGACAAGCCUUUGAAAUUCCGAGCAUCUAGCUGCUGCUGGUUGCCAACACGUAACUCAGUUCAAAACUGGAGAUUGGAUUCCCUUGUGGAUUUUGGUACAAGAUCAGACACGAUGGAACCAAAUAAAUCACCUGAAAUUGCCAUUGUCCCCUUUUUAAGAGUCCCUGAGAACUGCCCCAGAACAUACAAACUGGCUGCCUUUGAUCCUGAUGGUGACAGGGUCCGCUGCAGGUAUGGGAAUUUACAUGGAUUCGAGUGUGACAAUUGCCAUCUCCCCUCAGGCUUCCAACUUGACCAGGAUUCUUGUACAUUGCACUACCAGCAAACCUCUCAUGAAAAAAGUGUCUUUGGUUUUGAGAUGGUUGUAGAAGACUAUCCACACAGCACCAUUGAUUUGUCCUAUUCUGAUGGAUCGAGUGUUCGCAAGCAUCCAAUGGCUUCAAGAGGGAAGAGAUCCCCAUCAAUGACAUCUCCAGCUAUAGCCACAACUACUACUACUACUACACACCCAACAACUAUGACUACUACUACUAGACCAUCAGCCAAAACUUUACCUAUGACUACUACUAUUACUACAACACCCCCAUCCACAGCUCUACCUAUGAAUACUACUACUACUACAACACCCCCAUCCACAGCUCUACCUAUGACUACUAUUACUACAUCCCCAACAACAGCUCUACCUAUGACUACUACUACUACAUCCCCAACAACAGCUAUAUCUAUGACUACUACUACUACACACCCAUCCACAGCUCUACCUAUGACUACUACUAUUACUACUACCACACACCCAACAACAGCUCUACCUAUGACUACUACUACAUCCCCAACAACAGCUCUACCUAUGACUACUACAUCCCCAACAACAGCUCUACCUAUGACUACUACUACUACUACUACACCCCCAUCCACAGCUCUACCUAUCACUACUACUACUACAUCCCCAACAACAGCUCUACCUAUGACUACUACUACUACUACUACACCCCCAUCCACAGCUCUACCUAUCACUACUACUACAACAUCCCUAACAACAGCUCUACCUAUGACUACUACUACUACAUCCCCAACAACAGCUCUACCUAUGACUACUACUACUACUACUACCACACACGCAACAACAGCUCUACCUAUGACUACUACACCCCCAUCCACAGCUCUACCUAUGACUACUACUACAACAUCCCCAACAACAGCUCUACCUAGGACUACUACUACUACCAUUACUACACUCCCAACUACAGCUCUACUUAAGACUACUACUACUACAAAACCCCAAACUACAGCUCUACCUUUCCAUACAACGACUACUAGACUACCCACAGCAGCUUUACCUUUCCAUGCUACUAGUACUACUGCACCAUCCACCACACCACUACCUUUAAUUACUAGCAGCACUCCCCUUAGUAAGCUACCUCUGCAGUUCUCUUUUCUAGUGGACCCACCUGUUCCAUCAUGUCAGGAAGGACUCUACCUGCCUCAUCUUGUGGCUCCAACACCUAGACACGGAGAACGCAUUGUGGCUGAGGUUCAGAAAGAACUGGAGAUCAGAGUCAAAGCUCAGGCAUCACACUCAAUUAUCCAAAACAUCAUCUUCAGCGGGCCAUCGAAUGUCACCAAGCACAGGGACAUUAACAGUGAUUUUGUCAUCAGGUGGACACCAGUUAAAGAUGAUCUUGGAGGUCAUUUUCCGAUCUGCUUUGCUGUGGAAUCACAGAAUGGGUCAUCCGUCUAUCAGUCUGAGAUGAGGUGUGUUCUGGUGGAAAUUCGAAAAGAGCAAAUCAAAGCCCAAGUUACCUGCACUGAAACAACAAUGAAGGUGGAAGUUGAAAAGCAAUCCUUCUUUGGACUUCAGGAGGAUCAUCUUCGCCUUAGCGACCCCAGCAACACCAUCUGCAGCCUUAAAAGGAACUCCAACAGUAGCCACAUAGUCGCCAUCAUUCCUCUCAACGGCUGUGGUACUCAGAUAGAGGAAGACGACGAUUACCUCAUUUUUAAGAAUGAGAUCACAACAGUGGAGGACAACCCAACAGAGCUGGUCACCAGGAAACACUUGGUGGAGGCCCGUUUCUACUGCCAGUACCCCAAACGGGGCAAUGUGACCCUAAGCUUUUCAGCACACAGAAAGAACGUCACAGUUUGGGAGAGAGGUUUUGGCACGUUCAUCUACCAGUUUGAGUUCUACCAGAAUGACCAGUUUGGAGCCAUGUUUGACCCAAACUCCUACCCUCUGGAGUUUGACAUUGGAAACAGGAUCUACAUGCAGCUGGAUGCCAGCUCCUCUGUCAAUAACACUGAGAUGUUUGUGGAGUCCUGCAGAGCUGCACCGUAUGACAACCCCAACUACCAUCCGACCUACUCCAUCAUUGAGAACGGGUGCAAAGUUGACCCAACUUUGCAGAUUUACUCCACACCCCAAAACAGACAAUUCAGGUUCAGCAUGGAGGCCUUCAAGUUCAUUGGACUGCAUGAUCAGGUGUACAUCAGCUGCACAGUCAUGAUGUGUGAGGCAGGAAAUCCCAACACCAGGUGCUCUAAGGGAUGCAUGAACUCUACAAUGACUCACAGCCCUGUUCGUAGAAAGAGAGAGGCUGUAGUCCAGAGCGGAAAGCAUUUGGUUUCCCAGGGUCCACUGCGUCUGCGGCGUGAAGCAAACCCCAAAGGAGGCUCAGCACCAGAUCUAAACCUGAACCUGGUGUUAUUUGCUGGAUGCCUUCUUGUUGCUGUUGGGAUGGUCUGUGGCGUCCUCAUCUACAAAGCCAAAACCUCCAGGGUCAAAUAUCAACCUCUGCCCUCAUAUGAAAACUAAACCACCUGCGUCUGCUGGGCUGCUUUCUGGGGUUUUGGGAAUGUGGGAUUCUUUAUGAAGUUCUUUUAAUAUCUAAUAAAGGCUACAUUCACACUGCAGCCUGAAGUGACCCAAAUCCGAUUUGUUUGCCCAUAUGUGACCUGGAUCUGAUCUUUUCAUGGCAGUCUGAACAACACAGAUCCGAUUUUUUC